AUGAGACUUCAUCUCUCGAGACAUCGGCUACUCCAGGGAGCCUCACCGUCUGGUCCUUCUUCUCCUCCUGGAACCACGAAGAUUGGCUCCAAGACGCUUUCGACUUCUGGUGUCACUGUCAUCAAGACAAGUUCUGGAGGUCAUAAACUAACGCCUUACUCCACUACUUACCACGUCUGGACUGUCUGCCUGACUAUAACCGAGCAUGUCAUUUGCAGCACUGGUGUAGUUACCGAGACAGCUACUACUACCACUUAUGUUACUGUUGGCAGUAACGGCGGGAGCUAUGGACCUCCAAUGAUUACAACGCCUGCCGGAUGUAUUGGAGGUUAUCAGGUUGAUGCUAGCGGCCAUAGUUAUCCUGUGGCACAACCUACGAAGGGUACAUAUGGAAACUCCCCCAGCGGUGAGUAUAUCCAGCCGUCUGUUCGACCUACACCGGGAUCACCGGCCAAUUCCCAGUCUGGCUACGAGACUGCCAAGGUCCAUAAUCCUGCUCCAGCUGCAGAAUCACAUGGAAGCUCUCAGCCAGGACAGGGCGAUAACCAGCCUUCUGUUCCAGGUCAAGGCUCAUCGGAGCACAACAAUGGCAAGCCUCAAUCGACACAAGGUGGUGCUACCGAGACAGCUAUCUGCGGAUACUACCCUGGUGUCUCAGUGAAUCCUUCACCCUCAUCGGCUAUUCAUCAGGGCCAGCAAGGCAUCUCAACGAUCUUCACUAUCAAAGCAAGUGUUACCGAGGAGAUGCAAGCACCCAAGUCCACACAUAGUGGUUCAUCGGAGGCUGGAGAGGCACCAUACACACCAGUCAGUGUUUCAGGGGCCAACAGACAUCAGUUCAUGGCUUGGACACUGGCCGCUGGAGCCAUCCUCGGAUUUGCGAUGUUGACUUAA